AAAGGUCCAUGGGCUAAAUGUAACCCCGCGGGCUUUAGGACCCGUGCUUCUCCAGUCCUCCAUGGCUCUGUAUGUUUACAGUGAGAAUUGUAUGGCAGGAAUUUUCUAACAUCAAAUAUUUAAACAUCAUUUGCAUCGACACAAAAGUCCCAAUGGAGAUAGAGAUCCUGUGACACAGUUCUUUGGAUGGAGUCCUCGCGGAGCACAGGGGGUCACUCCCGCGAGUACAAAUUGGUGAUGUUAGGAGAGGGGGGUGUGGGCAAAAGUGCCAUCAUCAUGCAGUUUAUAAGUCACAGAUUUCCAGAGGAUCAUGACCCCACUAUCGAGGAUGCCUAUAAAACACAGAUCCGCAUUGACGAUGAGCCAGCAAACCUGGACAUCUUGGACACAGCAGGACAGGCGGAGUUCACAGCCAUGCGUGAUCAGUACAUGCGAGCGGGUGAAGGCUUCAUCAUCUCAUACUCCAUCACGGACCGCCGCAGUUUCCAGGAGGCUCGCCACUUCAAGCAGCUGAUCUACCGCGUGCGGCGCACCGUCGACACCCCCGUCGUGCUGGUGGGGAACAAGUCUGACCUGGUCCAUCUCAGACAGGUGUCUGUAGAGGAGGGCAAACAGCUGGCGAGGGAGUUCCAGUGCCCCUUUUUCGAGACCUCAGCGGCGUUCCGCUAUUACAUCGACGAGGUGUUCGCUGCACUGGUGCGUCAGAUCCGCCAGCGCGAGGCCGAGAUGCUGAGAGGCAGCGAGAGGAAAACCAGACGCAGCCAUUCCUUCUGGAGCCGCCUCAAAGCCCCCUUCCAUAGGAAACAGCAGUCCGAGCACUGAGAGAGGGGCAUGAUGGGAUACCACGCAGUUCUGUUAGGCCCAUCUCCCUCAGAUGGUGUGAGAACUGCAUUUUUAGUUUCUGUCUGAUUGUCUCCCAAUCAUUUGAGUUCGACUUAGCCCUCACUGUGCAGGACACGCUCGCUGUCGUCAUUUGGGACGUGGGCUGAUUUACUGAUGUUAGGGAUUAGGAAAGAACUAAUAAACUUGACAGUAGUUAUUGUUUCAUUUUUGGACAGCGUUAUACUCUGUGAAUGUUGUACCGCGUGUUUUAAAGGAGGGGAAUGUAAGAAACUGGUCGUGGAAUGAUUGGCUACAUGUGUUUUUUGUGAAAAGGUCACGUCAGACUCUGGUUUAGAGAUUUGCUUGUUGGAAAAAAAUGAAGGUUGAAUGAGUUUAAGAGAGCAGACAGCAAGAGAAAGAAAAGAAAGAAAUGUGUCACAGGGUGGGGAAGUGGGCAAGGGUUUACAGUAGAAAUAUUGAUCUGCUGGUAUAAUGACUACUGUAAACCAAUUUGUUAGACAGGUUUUAAAAACCCUUGAUGUAGAUGCUUUAGCCUCUUCUCAAAAACUGAGUGAAUAACAUGUCCAGGUGACAUUUCACCCCUCUUUUCAUUAUAAAUAAAUAAAU